CCGGGGCGCGCUCCCGAGCCGACCGGAGACGCGCAGCAGCCUUUUCCGAGUCCCUUCUUUACGGCAAUCGUGAAAGUGUCGCGAACGUGCUGCCGCCUAUCAGUCACUCAGUCGCCCGGAGUUGCUAUUUCUAGGCUUGUGCUUGUUGGGUUCGUGGGUAGAUAGCCACAGAAGUCCACCAAACAAGAUAAAUCAUUGUCUCCAAGUAGAAGAAAAUCAAGAUCCAUGAGUGGGCAUCGAUCAACAAGGAAACGAUGUGGCGAUUCUCACCCGGAGUCCCCUGUGGGCUUCGGGCAUAUGAGUACUACAGGGUGUGUGUUAAAUAAAUUGUUUCAGUUACCAACACCACCACUGUCAAGACACCAGUUAAAACGGCUAGAAGAACACAGAUAUCAGAGUGCUGGACGGUCCCUUCUUGAGCCCUUAAUGCAAGGGUACUGGGAAUGGCUAGUCGGAAGAGUGCCCUCAUGGAUCGCCCCAAAUCUCAUCACCAUCAUUGGACUGUCGAUAAAUAUCUGCACAACUAUUUUGUUAAUCUUCUACUGCCCUACAGCUACAGAGCAGGCACCUCUCUGGGCAUACGUGGCUUGCGCAUGUGGCCUUUUCAUUUACCAGUCUUUGGAUGCCAUAGAUGGGAAACAGGCAAGAAGAACCAACAGUAGUUCUCCCUUGGGAGAACUUUUUGAUCAUGGCUGUGACUCGCUAUCAACAGUUUUUGUGGUUCUUGGAACUUGUAUUGCAGUGCAACUUGGGACGAAUCCUGACUGGAUGUUUUUUUGUUGUUUUGCUGGAACAUUCAUGUUCUAUUGUGCGCACUGGCAAACAUAUGUUUCUGGAACUUUGCGAUUUGGAAUAAUUGAUGUGACCGAAGUGCAAAUCUUCAUAAUAAUCAUGCAUUUGCUGGCGGUGAUUGGAGGACCACCAUUUUGGCAAUCUAUGAUUCCAGUGCUGAAUAUUCAAAUGAAAAUUUUUCCUGCACUUUGUACUGUGGCAGGGACCAUAUUUUCCUGUGCAAAUUACUUCCGUGUAAUCUUCACAGGUGGUGUUGGCAAAAAUGGAUCAACCAUAGCAGGAACAAGUGUCCUUUCUCCUUUUCUCCACAUUGGAUCAGUGAUCACGUUGGCUGUUAUGAUCUACAAGAAGUCAGCUGUUCAGCUUUUCGAAAAGCAUCCAUGUCUUUAUAUAUUGACGUUUGGUUUUGUGUCGGCUAAAAUCACUAAUAAGCUUGUGGUUGCACACAUGACGAAAAGUGAAAUGCAUUUGCAUGACACAGCAUUCAUAGGUCCAGCACUUUUGUUUCUAGACCAAUAUUUCAACAGCUUCAUUGAUGAAUAUAUUGUGCUUUGGAUUGCCCUGGUCUUCUCUUUCUUUGAUUUGAUCCGUUACUGUGUCAGUGUUUGCAAUCAGAUUGCUUCUCACCUGCAUAUACAUGUCUUCAGAAUCAAAGCCUCUGCCGCUCACUCGAAUCAUCACUGAUGAUGUGUCUGGGUUCUACUCAGCUCAUGUUUCCUGCUGGAAGGAAUCUGAACAUACAAAGGAGAGCGGGGGUGGAUAAGAACAAAUAUAAUUUAUAAUAAUCAAUGUCAUAUAACUUUCAUUCUUUGUCACUGGUAACACUCCCUAACUGUCCUGUUGAGAAUGGGAAUUUCAGGCCCUGUCCUGCAAACUGAACAUGAUGUCAAACAGGGUUUGGCUG